AUGACUGAGACUAGAUCUUCCAUCAGAAAUUUGGAGAUGCAAGUGGGGCAGUUGGCCAAUAUGUUGAAUACUAGGCCUCAAGGGAAUUUGCCUAGCAAUACUGUGGUAAAUCCUAAGGAGCAAUGCCAAGCUAUCACUCUGAGGAGUGGGAAAGAAAUUGAGGGUCCUUCUUUAAAAGGGACUCAAGAAAAAAAGGUUGUAGAAGAGGAGAGUGAUGAAAAAGUUGAGCCCCAAGUGGAGGAAAAGGUUACUGAAGGCCUUGCAACCAAGGAGAAGUUUCAACUGGUAGUUGUUGAUUCUAAUGUCAAAAUCCCAUAUCCACAACGACUCCGGAAGAAUUUCCUUGAUAAACAAUUCUCAAAGUUUCUUGAGGUGUUUAAAAAGCUUCACAUUAACAUCCCAUUUGCUGAGGCUUUGGAGCAAAUGCCGAGUUAUGUAAAAUUCAUGAAAGAUAUUUUAUCGAAGAAGCGAAGGUUGGAAGACUUUGAGACAAUGGCACUUACUGAGGAGUGCAGUGCAAUUCUACAAAGGAAGCUCCCACAAAAGCUUCAAGAUCCGGGGAGUUUUACUAUCCCUUGUACUAUAGGGAAAUUUGAAUGCAAACAUGCUCUUUGUGAUCUAGGAGCAAGUAUCAAUCUCAUGCCUCUAUCUGUUUUUUGGAAGCUUGGUCUUGGUGAGGCAAAGCCUACUACUAUUACUCUACAACUCGCGGAUCGAUCGAUCAAGCACCCAAGGGGAGUUAUUGAAGAUGUGUUAGUCAAGGUUGAAAAGUUUAUUUUUCCAGCGGAUUUCAUUGUUCUAGAUAUGGAGGAGGAUACAACGGUUCCCAUUAUUCUUGGGAGACCAUUCUCUACUACUGGGCAAGCCCUUAUUGAUGUGCAAAAGGGUGAGUUGAGGUUGAGAGUUCAAGGGGAAGAAGUGGUCUUUAAUGUAUUUAAGGCAAUGUCUUAUCCAAGAGCAAGUGAUAGUUGCUUUAAUGUUGAUGUGAUUGAUGAGGUGGUUUCGAAAAAGAGGAUUACUAAUGAUCCUCUUGAAUUGGCUUUGGCGUUGGGUGUUGAUAAUGAAGAGGAGGAUUUGGAGACUCAUGAGUAUGUGAAAUGGAUCAAUUCUUAUGGUCCAUAUUACAAGAAAAUUUUUGAAGAAUUGGGGCAGGUGCCUGAGCGCCCCAUACCAUCUAUUGAGAAGCCUCCAGUCCUUGAGUUGAAGUCUUUACCGGAGCAUCUUUGUUAUGUGUACUUGGGGGAGAAAGAAACGCUGCCGGUUAUUAUAUCUUCAUUGCUUUCAAAAGGUGAAGUAGAAAAACUUUUGAGGGUGUUGAGGGCUCAUAAACGUGCUAUUGGGUGGACUUUGGCUGAUAUUCGAGGAAUUAGUCCUUCAACAGUUAUGCACAAAAUUCUUAUGGAAGAAGAUAGUAAACCUUCCAUUGUAGCUCAAAGAAGGCUGAAUUCCUCUACGAAGGAUGUUGUUCGGAAACAAAUACUUAACUGGUUGGAUGCAGGGGUAGUAUAUCCUAUUUCUUACAGUGCUUGGGUGAGCCCUAUUCAAGUGGUGCCUAAAAAAUGA